UUAAAGGGAUUGCAGCAUAUAAAAGGCAACAGCAGAUAAAGGCUCAGUGAGAGAGAGAGAGAGAGAUAGAGACAUCAUCAGCAGCUAAGUACCAAAGCUUGUCAAGAUGAAGUCACUUCUAUUGACUUUCGCUGUACUUCAGGCUUUCCAAUUCUAUGCUGCCAUCCCGAUGUUUGACUUCCUCCCAGCCAUUGAAGAUGCACUGAGGCAAUCCAUUAUACAGCUGAACAGUGACACAGCUGGUGGUUACCUGUUUGCUGUCAUCAGUAACGAACUGUUGCACGUUACCCCAUCAGGACAAAAUGAUUUAUCUGUGGACCUGAGGUUUACUGCAAGAGAGACCAUCUGUCCCAAAAACAGUGGAGCAGAGAUCGAAAACUGUGAACUGAAUAGAAGCCCCUUGGCUGAAAUGGUGACAUGUCACAGCAGCGUUGACUAUUCAUUAGGAACGUUUGUCGAUGUUUUUCUACAUUGCAAGAAUGCAAGAGGCGGAAUUGUGGACAGCAGCAGUGCAUCCUCCUCCUUUGAAAGCAGUGAAGAGGUCCUGUACCAGAGGGGACAACAAUUUCAGGAUGAGUACUACUCAUCGAUCGACUGGAAUAGGCAACAACCUGACGAGCGCCAGAGAAAGAGCUCUGCUGUGGGAAAGAAAAAGAACCGGAGACAGAACCUGAAUGGGGGUCCAUUAACCAAGAAGCUUCCACGUCAUAGACAGAGGCCGGAAUAAACAGUCAAAAUACGUACAAAGCUGCAGAAGUAUAUACCACGCAUGCUUUAAAGUAAGCAGUAGAAGCUAAAACAAAACUAACUGUAUCUUCCAUUCAGUGAUAUAAGUUACAUUGCUCUUUAUGUACAAGUUGAAAGCAAGACAAUAAAGCAAAUCGAUGAUAGUGUGGAAUGUCCUGUCACGGUUUUGUGAUAACUGACAUUAAUCUGAAAAUAUCCCAGUCUUGUUCUCAGGCUAUGGAAAUGAAUCAUAAAUUAAUGAAUGAAGUUGAAAAUAUCUCAGACUAUUGCCUUCAAAAGAUUUCUUGGUAGAUAAACCAAAUCUGCAACCUAAAAUGAAACUGCAGGUUGUAUUUAUAAGUCAUGUAAGAAGUUCUUCUCCUGUUGAUGUUCCCAUGGUUUGCGUGACCUUUUGGUCGGCUUUGGCUGAGGUGAGGAGAGUGUGGAAAAUUGUUUUCCAGAAUGUAUUCAAAAGUUGGUCCAGAAGACUUUCUGUUUCUUGGCUUGUCCAAGCAAGUUAAAUGUCUGAGGUUAGAGGAGGAGGAUGGAGAAGUGUAACGAUGUGAAGGCAGGAAACUGAAGCAGGAGUCAAGCACUCAGUUGGUGAGUCUGCUCCACCUUUCCACUUUGUGACUAAACUCUGGCCUUGCUCCAUUUCCUGACUUCACUCCUGAAAGGACUGGUUAUAUUUUCAGAGCAUGUCUGCUUAUUCCAACCUCAUUAGCUACUACCCUAUCAGUUCAUUCUAAUAAACCAUGAAAAACUGGGACAACUCAUCAAUGAAACUUCAGAGAUCCACGAUCUACAAUGUCGCUUGUGUGAUCAAAGUUCAAAUGUAACACAUUAUCAUGAUACAUUCCAAACAAAUGCCAAACCCUUUCACACGUGUACGAUGAUUAGAAUUGCUCACAUAGCUUCAUAUGGGAUACAACCGAAGAUUAAUCUGCCUAUAUAGAAUUUGUAUAGACCUCCUUCCAAUAUUUUCUAUUAGAAGUCUAAUUGUAAAUAUGGAAACAUGCCUUUAGGUCCAAUUCAUCAACGUUAAUGGAUGGUACUUAACCAUCUCCCAGUACUUGGUUCAUAACCUUCAAUGCCUAGGUGAUUCAAGUGCUCAUCUAGAGCUUUCUUAAAUGCUAUCAGCAACCCAAUUUCAACCACUCUCUGAGGCAAUACAUUCCAGAUACCACUUUCUGGAUGAAGAAGGUCUCUUCAAAUAUCCCCUUGAAUGCCUUUCUGCUUUUGCUAAAUAUAUAUAUUUAGAAUUUAGCAACUGGUUUAAUAUCAUCAGCAUGCAUCGUGAAAUUUGUGGCAGCAGUAAAAUGCAAUACACAGUAAUAAAAGCUAUAAAUUACAAUAAAUAUACAGUAUAUAACAAAAUAAAUUAGAUAAGUAGUGCAAAAAGGAAGGGGAAAAAUACUGAGGUAGCAUCAAAGGGUUCAAUGUCCAUUCAUAAAUCUGAUGGCAGAGGGAACGAAGCUGUUCCUGAAACAUUGAGUGCAUGUCAUCUAGUUUAUCUACCAAAGGUUCGCUCUCUAGGUGACUCGCUUGUCCAUUCAUACCUCUCCACCUAACUCCUUCCUGUCACUUAUGCUUGCAAGCUGAACAAGAGCUACACCUGCCCCUGCACCUCCUUUCUUAUUACCAUUCAGGCCCCAAACAACCCUUCCAGGUGAGGUGACACUUCACCUGUGAGUCUGUAGAUGUUAUCCACUGUAUUUGGUGCUCUCGGAUUGGAACACCACUUCACCAAACACCUACAUUCCGUCUGCCAGAAAAUGCAGGAUCUCCCAAUGGCCACCCAUUUUAAUCCCACUUCCUAUUCCCAUUCUGAAAUGUCAGUCCAUGGCCUCCUGUACUGUCGUGAUGAGGCCACACUCAGGUUGGAGGAGCAACACCUUAUAUUCCAUCUGAUAUCAUGAACACUGAUUUCUCAAACUUCCUCUGGAGCUCCUCCCAUUUUCUUUCUUCCAUGACCUUCUGUCUUCUCCUAUGAUUCCACUUUCUGGAGUCCUGUAUCUCCUUCACCAAUCAACUUCCCAGCUCUUUACGUCACUCCUUCAUCCCCCAUUUUACUUAUCACCUUGCUGUUCUUCCUCCACUCCCCCCCCCCCCCAACUCUGACUCCUCAUCUUUUUCUCCAGUCCCGAUGAAGGGUCUCGGCCCGAAAUGUUGACUAUACCCUUUUCCAUGGAUGCUGCCUGGCCUGCUGAGUGCCUUCAGCAUGUUGUGUGUGUUGUGUGAACCUCCUUCUCAAUCCCUUCAGAAUUACUACAUCCUUCCUAUAGCCUGAUGAACAGAAAUGCAUAGUGUACUUCACCUGAAGUUUUAUAAAGUUGCAGCAUAACCCCCUUACUUCUGUGUUAAAUGCCCUGACUGCCUUUACAAUCUGAGCAAAACCUUUGAAGGCCAGCAUCCCAUAUGCCUUUCUAACUACAUAUGCAACAUGUGUUUCCACCUUCAAGGAUUUAUGGACGAACUCCAAUUUCCCUUUGUUUCUCAAUAUGCCCUAAGAUGGUACAUCUGAUCCUCAAUACUCCUGCAUUAGUAUUCUUAGUCCUUUUAUUAAAAAGGAUGGCAUUCUAUUCAGUAGAUCAAAGGCAAGUUCAUUGUUAACCAGCAAUGGUGGCCCAUUCUUUUUGUUCUAAAUGCUUCUUAGACCAUUUAAAGGGUAAGUUACUUUUAUAGCUUGUUAAGCCACAGUUUCUUACAGGCCAGAAUCAGAAUUAGAUUCGUAUUAUUAUCAAUGACAUGUGAAAUGUAUUGUUUUGUGGCAUCAGUACAGUGCAACACAUAAGAAGAUAUAAGUUAGAAUAAGAAAUAUAUUAAAAAUAAACAUAAUGAAAAAGAGCAAAAACUGAGAUAGUGUCCAUUCAGAAAUCUGAUGGCAGAGGUGAAGAAGCUAUUUCUAAAAAGUUGACUGUAAGUCUUCAGGUUUCUGUACCUCCUCCUUGACAGACUGGAUAGAAAUGGCAAAUUCCUCCCCUAAAGAAUGUUAAUGAAUCAGAAAGGCCUUUCUGACGAUCUGGUUGUCUUACGGUCAUCAUUACUUUUUUUUAACCCCAGAAGUAUUUAAAUUUCUCCUUUGUCGUAUUUGAAUUGAGAUCUCUGGAUCCAGUCCAGCCCUUUUAACAUGGGUUCUGCAACUUAACCAUGAUGCUGUUGUAUCCAGUGAUCAUCAUUAAAUGCAACAGAGGCAAUUCAUUCUUCUGUCAGGUACAAUCAGUCUCUCUACUCCCAGACAAAUUUUGCCCACAGUAGUUUAAUGCAAUCCAUUAAAUCAACAAUAAUCAGGUCAAAGCAAGUCAACAUAAGUACUGUUUGACUUUUAAGAAGUUGACUAGAGUGAGCAGAAUCCAGCCUUAGAAGAUUAUUCUGGAUCUUUGCUGGAGUGCACAGAUGCCUUAGUUAUGAAAUAAUUAUAUCAAACCUCAUUAGAUUCAUAGAGUCAUUGAGCACAAUAGCACAGAAACAGGCCCUUUGGCCUAUCUAGUCAAUGCUGAACUGUUAUUCUGCCUAUUCCCAUUGUAUGCACCCGGGCCAUAACCCUCCAUUCCUGUCUUAUCCAUGUACUUAUCCAAAUUUCUUUUAAUUGUUACACUUCAACCUCGUUCUACCAUUUCUACUGGCAGCUCAGUCCACACUUGUACCACCCUUUGAGUCAAGAAGUUUCCCUUCAGAUUCCCCUUAAAUAUUUCACUUUUCACCCUAAACCUGUGAACUCUAGUUACAGUCUCACCCAGCCUGAGGAGAAACAGCCUGCAUGGGUUCAAACUAUCUAUUUCCUUCACAAUAUUGCUUACCUCUGUAAGAUCCUCCCUCAUUCUCCUGCAUUCCAGGGAAUAAAGUCCUAACCAAUUCAACCUUUCCCUGUAACUCAGGUCCUCAAGAGCUGGCAACAUCCAUAUAAAAUUUCUCUACACCCUUUCAAUCUCAUUGCUAUCUUUCCUGUAGGUAGGUGACCAGAGCUGCAUGUAAUAGUCCAAAUUUGGCCUCAUCAAUGUCUCGUAUAACUUCAACAAAACAUGUUGUCAUUCCGCUGUUUGUUUUCUUCCUCCAGCAGCAAUAAAUCCAAAGGUAUCUGGCUCACUACAGACAGCCUUUUUCAAAAUCCAUUUCUGAGUCUAUUCCUGCAAAACCCUUCCUUCCUUUCCGGUUUUUGUGUUUAUCUCUCUUGCUCCCACCAGCCCCUCCCUCCCAACCCUGCUGCUCUACAAAUUUCCUGCUCUCUGGGAGGGAAACUGAAAACACUCUAUCAAUGCAACAAACAAAAAAUGUCCCAGUUUCAUCUCAAAACUUUAGCUGGCAACAGUGGCAACUGAAUGUUUGGGUUGUGUAUGACAAAAAUGUUGAGUUUGAAGCUGAUAAGGAUUUGUAUAUAUUAAUGCUUUGCAAAAUCAAAGGGCGGCUCGGAGUGUUUUGCCACGAACCUUUCCCUUCACAGUAUUUCUGUUUAUCAUUCUUGUCCUCUCAGCUCCUCCCUCCCCAUUCCUCCUGCUGCUCUCUGGAAUGGAAAAUCCUAAACACACUAUAAACACAACUAGCAAAAAUGUUCCAGUCCCAAACAAAUGCCAGGACCUACCACAUGAAUCAAUACAAGUGUUGGCAGUAAGUGGCACCAGCCUAACUGAAACAGCUACAUCAGUGGAGAAGCUAGAAUUCUUGCUUUAACUCUGAAUGGUUGAACGAACACUCACUAUCUCUCCAAGGCAAUUCUUCUCACAGCCACUUGGGUGAAAGACUAGUAGUCGGUAGUCUAGUGUAGUUUUUUGUGUUGUGUUAUGUAGUUCAGUGUAGUUUUUUGCAUUGUUUCAUGUGGCAACAUGGUCCCGAAAAACGUUGUCUUGUUUUUACUGUGUACUGUGCCAGCAGUUAUGGUUGAAAUGACAAUAAAAAGUGACUUGAACUUGU